AUUUAAAAAUAAAUUGUGUUCCCAUAUUUCCUUGUGCUCAACAAUGCCACAGGCAAAGGAGCAGACAGAGAGUGAAUACAGCAUCUGCUACAACCUCACUAAUUGUGUCAUAGUCUGCUGUGAAAUGAAAUGUUCUGCAGCAGCUCCGGGUGACAGGGGAGGCAGGAUGAAAGGUCUAUGACGAAGAGCUGAAGGAAAGAAACCAGGAAACAGUGAGAGGACAUCAUAGGAGAGAGGAUUACAUACCCAGGAAAACAGACAAUAAAAGGAAGAACAUCCAAUCAAGAACUACAAGAUCCACAAGGUAAUCCCCCGAGGAGAUCAGGAUGGAGAAGGAUAAGAGCACGAUCACAGAGCAAAUCCUGAACCUCACCCUGGAGAUCAUCUACCUGCUGACCGGAGAGGAUUAUAUUAUAGUGAAGAAGCCGGGAGGACAAGUCCCAAACAACAGACUUCAGGUUGUAGAAGGGAUUUGUAGAUCUUGGGGAAAUGUCUUACUGGAGCAAUCUACCACACCUGAAGAAGACAACGCACUUAAGAUCCUAGACCUCACCAACAAGGUCAUCGAGCUGCUGAUGGGAGAGGUUCCUAUAAGGUGUCAGGAUGUGGCGGUCUAUUUCUCCAUGGAGGAGUGGGAGUAUGUAGAAGGACACAAGGAUCUGUACCAGGACUUGAUGGAUGAUCACAGGCCCCGCACAUCACCGGAUAAUCCUAUUAGCAGUAAUAGUCCUCCCGAUAAUUCACCAUCAGAUCUUGUGAAUGAAGAUGACGUAGCCAUGGACACCGAUUCAGAGACAGAAAACUUGGAUGCACAGGACCCUAGAGACCUGCAAACGAUUUCCAGUGAAACCAUUACUGAAGAAGCUUCUGGGUAUGAAAAUGGACACGUGAGUGAUGUAGAUGAUACACAACUUUAUCCCUGUAUUCGUAUUAAGGAAGAGCCCUGUGAUGACUCAUGGGAUGGAGAAGACCUCCUGGACAUAUCUACUCACUCAACUGGUCAGCUUCAUAUCAAAGAGGAACCGUCCUCAUAUGAUGAAGAAGAUCUUAUAGACGCCGUCGUAUAUAACCCCCCAGAUCACACACAACACCAUCCUUAUCCUUAUAUUAUGGAGGAAUCGGUCACAUGCGGAGGACAAAGCCCAACACAACUCAAUAUGUAUACAUCCACAGGUCCUUCUCAGUACCCUCCUAUCCAUGAAGACGAAGAACGAGCCUCAUGUGACCUCACAGACCCCAUUUAUAGUCCCACUGACCAUACACAACAACACUCUGCUCAUAAUACAGAGAAACCAGCCUUAUCCAACAAAGAAGACCAUAAUGACACCACCUUGCCUACACAGUUUGUGCCUAUUCGUAUGAAGAAGGAACCAGAUCGUUUACGGUCCAAAAUUCAGAGAUAUCCUACACGACGAUCUACGCCUAGUCUUGUUAAUCAUCGGGAACCAACUUCACACAAUGGAAGAAAGUGCAAAAACUUAAAAAGUACUGUUGUGGAGCCACCAGGAACAUCGGAGAUUUCAGGGCCACCCCAAACUGAUAACAAUACAGAGAAGAACAACAGUUCUUCGGUCUACUCGGUGCGUCAAGGUACCGACACCGUGGAGAUCUUGUACCACUGUCCCAGUUGCCAUAAAGGCUUUUCCAGUAACUUGGCGCUUGCUCGACAUCAGGUCAUUCACACAGUAGACAAAGUGUUUAUUUGUACCCUUUGUGGGAAAAGCUUCACGGAGAUGUCCUUCCUGAUCAAGCACCAGGUCAUCCACACGGACCUGAAGCUGUGCGUGUGCCCGGUGUGCGGGGGCUGCUUCUACAGCGAGACGUCACUGGCCAAACAUCAGAGGAGCCACUCGUUGCCCUCAUUCUGCAACACGUGCGGCCGAUGCUUUUUCGACAAGACUGAGCUGGAAAUACACGAGCGGAAGCACAUGGGCAAGCGGCCCUUCACCUGUCACCUGUGUGGGAAACAUUUUUUAGCCAAAUCGGUUCUUAACAAACACAUGUUAACUCACGCGCAGGUCGGACUGUCUAAAUGAUGCACGCAUCGGGAAGGGGGUAAAAGCUGAUCUUGCCUCCACCUUUGUCACUUGAGAUGAUAUAGACAGAUUUUAGAUAUCACCUGACUUGAUGUGUACCAGUUUUGAUCAGUCAGGGUCUCAGUGUUCAGACCCCAACAAUCUGUUCUGGCGACCAAGACCAUCCCAUAGACAACUGGUCUCCAAGCUGUGGAUCUCUAAUUGUUGCAAAACUCCAACUCCAACAGUGUUGGCUGUCCGGGCAUACAACAUUUGGAGGUCCACAGUGUGGAGACCACUGACCAACAUUGUAAGUUUGUCUUGGUGACGUGGUAAAGAGCCAGGAUAGAAUCGAAUUGUUAACUCAAUGAAAAAGGGAAGAAAUUGCCAAAAUGCGUUGACUCUUUCUACCUCAGUCACCGUCGUUGAUCAUAAAUCCCUCUCUUCCUCCACUGUCCUGUUCCAUUAAAGUGGUACCUCACUGCCCCAGAGUUCGGAACAUUUUGUUGAUGUCACGGCCACGCCCCCUCAUUGCAAGUCUAUGGGAGGCAGAUGUCACGCUCCCUCCCAUAGACUUGCAUUGAGGUGGCUUGACAGCACGACCCCCCCAGCCUGCACCCAGCGUUCGGAAUAAAAUGUUCGGAACGCUGGGGCAGUGAGGUACCCCUUAAGUCGUGUUUAUUCUGCCUACAUCUCCCGUCUUCCUCCUCCCAUCAGUUCAUUUUAGUUCUUGUUUUGGAAUUUUCCUUAUUUUGCUACAAAUAUGAAGAGGAUUUGUAGAUGUUUAGGUGACGUCUUUCGAUGGUUUCCUCACGUACAUUCCCUUCUCAUCUCGUCUGACUUUUGCGUACGAACGUCUCUUUCUUAUUACACAAAGGGGAGAAAAUAUUUCCUGACUGGUAAAGAACUGACCGAUCAAUGUAUUUAUGUCCCAAACCAUAAAAUAUUAUUUCACCUUUUACCCUUGUGUCUUCAUUGU